AUGCUCGGUGCAUCGGUCGUGGGUGCGAUUCUCAGGCAGUCCGCUGGCGUGACCACUAUUCUGGGUGAUGGACAGCGGUUGGGCUUUUUGCUUUGGGCGGUACUCGGCAGCAUUGCCUUGCCUGGUUCCUUGAUCACCUUCUCAUUGGUGAGCCGCUCCUUGCGUGCGCACUUCCGAGCGGUCGAUCGCAUUGUCAAACAGCUGGAAACGUUCUCCGUCAAGGACGACACCGUCUCCCAUUGCUGCACUGUGAACCACCUCGACCGCCAAACCGGCAAGAAAAUUCCAUGCGAUCGCGUGAUUCUUGAAAAAUGCCUGGUGUUGUGGUUCGGCUCGGUGCAAGCGUUCAACGAAUUCAUUCAGAACGAGCUGUCAGAGGUUUUCAAGAAGCUCACAACCAGCACAGUGCCCUACACUUGGAUUGUUGCUGCUGGAAGCCCCCUCCUUUGGUUCUAUGCCGGGACAGCAACUUAUCAUUUGCGGACAGAGAACUACACGGCAGCAGCGAGGAUGGUAUUCUACAUUCCAUCUUGGUGGUUGGCGAUCGGUCCAACGUAUCUCCAGCUUUUUGUGUGUCUCGCUCGUCGUGUUCGGCGACAGCGCCAAAGUGCUUGCCAGGAGGUCCUGGUCAAUUUGGGAUGCUCCAUGUACGGCGGCUUCAUUUACUUCGCCUUUGCGUUUUUUGAAGGUUUCUGGUAUGCCACAUUUGGAACGGAUGUGCCCUCGAUGGCAGCAUUUUCGAUGGUUGUGAUGACGAUCUGCGCUCUUAUCCGGUGUGCGUGCUGCAUGCCAUGCAGGCCACAGCACGGCGCAACAGAACAUGGUCGAUGA